AUGGAUGAAGCCGAACUCAAGGCAGCGCGCGCCUGGCUAGCGAAGUUGGAUGCUGAGACUAUUCCUAGAGAUAUUUGCGAUAUCAGUUUCAGUAGAUCUUCCGGGCCAGGAGGGCAGAAUGUCAACAAGGUAUCGUCUAAAGCGACGAUCCGCGUCCCAACUGCAUCGCUGCUGCAACGGCUUCCCAAAUUGCUCCAUCCUUCUAUCCUUUCAAGUCGAUAUUAUGCAGCCAAAUCAAAUGAUCUAGUCAUCCAAGCCGAUGAUUCACGCAAACAGGGCGAUAAUGUCGACUCUUGCUUUCGCAAACUCUUCGAAGUCAUCGUUCAAGCCGGUCGCGACACUGUGCCCGGCGAGACUACUCCCGAACAAUCGCAACGUGUCGAGCGACUACAGAAAGCCGAAGCGGCCAGUCGUAAAAAACUGAAGCAGUAUCAAAGCAGCAAGAAGAGUGCACGCCGUAGCAAUGGCCGUGGACACGAAUGA